GAACACGCCUCUUCCAUUAAGUUCUAAUUGUCUUUCCUCGUGAUCAUAUCACUGAUAACAACAAAUUUAUAGCUCCAAUUACCAUUGGAAAGAAAUACAAAGACAAGAAAAUUUAAACACUCAUGGGUUCUGAAACUUUUCUCGAAGUGAUAUUGGCAAUCCUGCUACCUCCUGUUGGUGUUUUCCUCCGUUAUGGCUGUGGCGUGGAGCUCUGGAUAGAUCUGGUGCUGACCAUACUGGGAUACAUACCUGGGAUUAUAUAUGCAAUUUAUGUAUUGAUUGGAUGACUCUCAUGUACCAUAAUGUGUAUAUUUCUGUGUUAUUUAUAAUAUGUGCAUUUGUUUUUAUUUAUA